GAAAUGUUGCUCCCUCACUCCAGCAUGGCCGCUCCGUUUACUAAGUCGCACGGCAUGAGAGGACACGGGAUGCAGUGAUGCAACUUGACCGACAGAAUUGUUUUGUGAAUUAAUAUUAGUGUAUGUUGCUGCCAAACGCGGAGGACGUAGCAGUUUAUGAACACAACAUACUUUAGUUCGCCAUGUUUCGCCAGACAAAGACGGUGCUCGCGAAACUUCAAAAUGUUCGUUUAAAGGGCUUGCAUCUGUCAUGGAGACGGAGGAGUACUGCAGCAGCAGCAGCAGCAGCAGCAGGAGAGAAGGCUCAUCAAUACACAGCAGGCCAACAAAUUCAUGGAUUUACAGUUAAAGAGGUUGUGGCAGUCCCCGAGUUGUUCCUCACGGCCAUCAAGUUGACUCACGACAGAACAGGAGCUCAGUACCUGCAUGCUGCCAGGGAUGACCCCAACAAUCUAUUCAGCGUGCAGUUUCGGACCACCCCCAUGGACAGCACGGGGGUCCCUCACAUCCUGGAGCACACGGUGCUGUGCGGGUCCCAAAAGUAUCCGUGCAGAGACCCUUUUUUCAAAAUGCUCAACAGGUCACUGUGCACCUUCAUGAACGCCUUCACAGCCAGCGACUACACCAUGUAUCCAUUCUCCACGCAGAACGCAAAAGACUUCCAGAAUCUUCUGUCAGUCUACCUGGACGCCGUGUUCUUCCCGUGCUUACGGGAGCAGGACUUCUGGCAGGAGGGCUGGAGGCUGGAGAACGAAGACCCUGCCGACGCCAGCUCGCCUCUUGUCUUCAAAGGUGUGGUCUUCAAUGAGAUGAAAGGAGCCUUUUCAGACAACGAGCGCCUGUACGCUCAGCACCUCCAGAACAAACUUUAUCCGGACCACACGUACUCUGUGGUAUCCGGCGGAGAGCCGCUGGCCAUCCCUGACCUCACCUGGGAGCAGCUCAAGGAUUUCCACGCCACGCACUACCACCCCAGCAAUGCCAUGUUCUUCACGUACGGCGACCUUCCUCUGGAGCAACACCUGAAGCAGAUUGAGCAGGAGGCGCUCUCCAAAUUUGAACGUAUCCAGACCAACACCCGCGUCCCGUCUCAGCCGCCCUGGGCCAGUCCGAGAGAAGAGCGCGUGACGUGCAGUCCCGACGCGAUGGCUCCCGACGCCGCGCGACAGAGCACGCUGUGUGUCAGCUACAAGCUGGGAGACAUCACCGACACCUUCGAAGCCUUCACCCUCAGCCUGCUGUCUGCUCUGAUGACGUCUGGUCCCAACGCUCCGUUCUACAAAGCUCUCAUCGAACCCAAAAUCGGAACGGACUUCUCCUCGGUGGUCGGAUACGACGGCAGCACCAAGGAGGCGUCCUUCAGCAUCGGCCUGCAGGGCAUCGCCGAGUGCGACGCCGACAAAGUCAAGAACAUCAUCCGCCAAACCGUCGACAGCAUUAUCGAGAGCGGCUUUGAGGACGAGAGGAUCGAGGCGCUCCUGCACAAGACGGAGAUCCAAAUAAAGCACCAGUCCAGCAACUUUGGCCUCUCUUUGGCCUCGUAUAUCGCGUCUUCCUGGAACCACGACGGCGACCCAGUGGAGCUCCUACAGAUCAACAAUAGCAUCCGCGAAUUUCGACGAGCCCUGCAGGAGAACCCGCGUUUCCUCCAGGACAAAGUCCAGCACUACUUGAAGGAGAACAGCCACAGACUCACGCUCUCCAUGAGUCCCGACGACUCCUACCUGGACAAGCAGGUCUCGGCCGAGGAGCGCAAACUCCGGGAGAAGAUCGCCGCGCUGUCUGAUAGCGACAAGAAGGACAUUUAUGAGAAAGGUCUUCGGCUACUGGCAGCUCAAAGCGAGACGCAGGACGCUUCAUGCCUGCCCACGCUCAAAGUGUCGGACAUCGCACCCACCCUUGCCGCCACGCCUCUGCACAUGACCAAAGCGGGCGGUGUUCCGCUUCAGCUGUGUGAGCAGCCCACCAACGGCUUGGUGUACUUCCGGGCCAUGUGCAGCCUCAACACGCUGCCAGAGGACCUGAAGCUUUAUGUGCCGCUCUUCUGCAGCGUCAUCACCAAGAUGGGCUGUGGCUCUCUGGACUACCGGCAGCAAGCUCAGCAGAUGGAGCUGAAGACAGGCGACAUGUCCGUGUCCCCUCAGGUCAUCCCCGACUGCGCCCACAUGGACGUGUUUGAGCAGGUUGGCUCGGACUCGCUCGACCCCAAAUUAGGCCAUUGCCGUCUCAUCCCCACUGUCUGUCAGGGAGUCCUCUUGUCCUCCUCCUGUUUGGAGAGGAACCUCGCCGACAUGUUGCAGCUGUGGGCGGAGAUCUUCAACAGCCCUCGCUUUGACGACCCGGAGCGCUUGCGGGUGCUGGUGAUGAUGUCCGCGCAAGAGCUGGCCAACGGGAUCUCCUACGCCGGCCACGUCUACGCCAUGACGCGGGCCGGACACCUUCUGACGCCAGCCGGAGAACUCCUCGAAACCUUUGACGGGAUGGACCAGGUGAGGUUCAUGAAGAGGAUAGCCGAGAUGUCGGACCUGACCCCGGUCCUCCGCAUGCUGCCCAGGAUCAAGAAGCACCUUCUCAACCCUGAAAAUAUGAGGUGUGCCGUCAACGCCACACCCCAGGGGGCGUCCGAGUCAGUGCUCCACCUGGAGAACUUCAUGACGGACGUGGCCGGCAAGAGGAAGCGCUUCAAAGCCGUGCGACCAAACGUCAUCCAGAGGCCGCUAGAUGUCAACAACAUCUCUGGAGCCUGCAAGACGCUUGUGGCUGAUUCGAAUUUCCAGCCUUGUCACAUGAAGACUUUCUUCCAGCUGCCAUUUCCUGUCAACUUUGUCAGCGAGUCCAUCCGCACUGUCCCCUACAGCCACAAAGACUAUGCCAGCCUCUGCGUGUUGGCAAGGAUGAUGACGGCCAAGUUUCUCCACGGUGAGAUCCGAGAGAAGGGUGGAGCCUACGGGGGUGGAGCCAAAAUGGCUGGAGGCGGCCUCUUCUCGUUUUACUCUUACAGGGAUCCAAACUCGGUCCAGACGUUGUCCGCCUUCGGCAAGGGUGUCGACUGGGCCAAGUCAGGCAAGUUCAGCCAGCAGGACAUCGACGAAGCCAAACUGUCCAUCUUCUCCGCCGUCGACUCGCCUGUGGCACCCUCCAGCAAAGGGAUGUCCGUAUUCCUGAGCGGAAUCACAGACGAAAUGAAGCAGCGGCACCGCGAACGACUAUUUGACGUCACCCGGGGAAACCUGCUGGACGUAGCUGAGAGGUACCUAAGCGUCGGGAGCAAGACGUACGGCGUUUCCAUCUUGGGCCCAGAGAACGACGCCAUCAAGAAAGAUCCGUCCUGGGUGGUCAAAUAAACCACAAAGUCACAAAGUAUGCCAAACCAUCCUGUACAUAUUGAAGUAACGAGACAAAGGAUAAUGUUAUCAUGUUGGAAUAGAAAAUUGCAAACCAUCCCGGUGGCUGAAGUGACGUAUUUCUGAAAUGGGAUGUUUGUCGCUAGACAGCGAGGCUGAACAAAGUUGCAGAGGAAACACGUUUGAGGUAAUAUUGAUGUAACCAGACAAUUAAUGUUAUCAUGUUGGAAUAAAAAAUUGCAAACUAGCUCGGUGGAAAA